AAAACAUUAAAGGUAAGAGAAAAAAGCCAAAGUGUUGUCAUUAAGCUUAGAGGCGUUAAAUUGCCGCUUAGGAUGAUGCGAUGUUUGCUGCAGAUCCCGUUUUGAGCCAGGAUGCCGGUGUUUUGUUUUUUUUUUUCCCAAAUCACCGUGUGCACCGUGAGAUUUUUUGGGCGAAUAUUGGGACACCUGCACAGGCAUUCUUAGCCCACUGCUGCCGUUAUGAGACCCCGUCCUGCUACUGCCUUUGAAGGUAACCAGUGUUGAAUUCAGGCUUUUUCCCCUUUCAUCUUUCAUCCUCUUGUAUCUGACGCUGCGUAAAGGCUGGGCGAUGCAUCCAUUGGCUUUCCCUCUGUGAUUUCUGCCUCACAUCAGCUUCAUCAUAGACUUGUUCUGCUGGUGUUGAGUGAACUGUUUUGUGCGUGCCAGACAACAUGCCUUCUCGUAUGUGCCGGAGGUGCAGGGAUGCCAGUGGCCGACGUGGUUGUGUCAUUACUGCAGUGCACUCUGGAGCUUUUAAACUGUGCACAGACACUAGCUGAAGAGAAGACAGCGAGCCGGCAAGUGCUGGACCAGCCAACAUCAUUCAUCUGAACCAAUUAUGAAUUUGGAGACAGAAACAGACUGUAUGAAGACUGGGAUUCCCAUUGCACUAUAAUGUAAAAAAGGUUAUGGGGUUUUCCCUUUUCGGCACAUCCCCAAAAUCCAUCUGUCAGAGUGACUGCUGAGAGCUUACAAGCUUCCUGAUGUUUUUUGGAGGGCUGCCCCCAUGCAUUUUGUGAGUGUGAAAAGUCCCAGCAUCUUUUGCCAGCUUUGCAUCAGCAGACAGGAGCAGACGGUAGCGCUGUGUGUGUCAUGUUAGAGACUGGACACUUGCCUGCCCCUUGUCCAAAACUGUCCAUUGACCUCCAGCCAAAAUCUCCGACCAGAACACUUUGUACGUGAAUGCUGUGCCAAAUAUCAAGGAAAAACUGCCUGGCAACUUCAGGACAAACAUUUUAAGAGACUCAAUAUUACAGAGAUCAAACACCCUAGAGAAAGGACAACAGGGUCAGGAUGCAGGUCUCAUUCGCCUGCACAGAGCACAACCUCAAAAGUCGAAGUGAGGAUCGACUUUGUGGCCUUCGCACCGCCCCACCACCAGGCGGCAGCAGUGGAGGGGUGGGGGGCAGCAGUGGGGGAGGAGGGGGAGGAGGAGGCAGCGGAGGUGGUGGAGGAGGUGGGGGCAGUGGAGGAGGAUCUGGAGGCAGUGGACAGGGGAGCAAUGGGAACUACAUCUCCCAAGGGUCUGUAAAGAUCAAAGAUGCCCCAGCAUCAAGGCAAGCCCCUCAGGGACACGCCCACAUGAAGGAAGCCAUGGGAAGACACACCACCAUGAAGUACAGGAACCUGGGGAAAUCAGGUCUACGAGUUUCUUGUCUAGGAUUAGGAACAUGGGUGACAUUUGGUUCACAGAUCUCAGAUGAGAUGGCAGAGAACCUGAUGACCAUCGCGUAUGAGAAUGGGGUGAACCUGUUCGACACGGCGGAGGUGUACGCCUCAGGAAGAGCGGAAAUCACUUUAGGAAACAUUAUUAAAAAGAAGGGGUGGAGACGCUCAAGUUUUGUCAUCACAACAAAGAUUUACUGGGGAGGCCAAGCAGAGACUGAAAGGGGCCUGUCUAGAAAGCACAUAAUUGAAGGUUUACGAGGAUCCUUGUCGAGACUUCAACUAGAUUAUGUAGAUAUUGUUUUUGCCAACAGAAAUGAUGUUAACAGUCCAAUGGAGGAGAUUGUACGCGCCAUGACAUUCGUAAUAAACCAGGGUAUGGCCAUGUACUGGGGCACCUCACGCUGGAGUGCAAUGGAAAUCAUGGAGGCGUACUCCGUAGCACGACAGUUCAACCUGAUUCCACCCGUGUGUGAGCAGGCUGAGUACCAUUACUUCCAGAGGGACAAAGUGGAGGUGCAGCUGCCAGAGCUCUACCACAAAAUAGGCGUGGGAGCUAUGACCUGGUCCCCCUUGGCUUGUGGAUUAAUCACAGGGAAGUACAGCGACGGUGUGCCAGAGUGUUCAAGAGCAGCCAUGAAGGGGUACCAGUGGCUGAAGGAACGUGUGAACAGUGAGGAGGGCAGAAGGCAGCUGGCUAAAGUGAAAGAGCUCCACCUACUGGCUGACCGCCUGUGCUGCACUGCUGCACAGUUAGCCAUUGCCUGGUGCCUGCGCAGUGAAGGAGUGAGCUCUGUGCUCCUAGGGGUCUCGAAUGCUGACCAGCUUGUGGAGAACUUGGGUGCACUGCGGAUAUUGUCACAAAUGACCCCUCAGACUAUAACUGAGAUUGAUGCUCUGUUGGGUAACAAGCCACAUUCGAAGAAGGAGUCCCGUGCUUAAACAAAACCAAUCUGAGACUGGACAGACGCUAAGACAUUGGGAAUCACUGCUUCUGCUCUAUACUCAAUGCAUGUCCUCUGCAACAUUAUGCUUCCAGUAUUGGUGCAUAACCAUUUUUGCCCAAUACAUUAUAACCACUAUAAAAUAA